AUGGCCGACGUGAAGCCUCCUAGCGGCAAAUUGCCGUAUGGCACUCCUGAAGGCGGCUGGAAGGCAGUACACACAUGGAGAACUCCGGACUGGGUAGAACCAAUUCUGAUUGUAUCCAUCAUGCUCAUCGGCUUGUACGUCAGUCGUAGAAAGAACUACUCGAUCCUCCGCCGCGGAAACGCGACAUAUGAACCUCUAUUUGAAGAGAGAGGGGACUCACCCCGCAUCUCCGACGAGUCCUACGAUCCUAUCCGGACCGAUCCUUUUCCGCCCAAAUACCGUACCAUCUUUGGAUGCUAUCGCGUCAAAACCCCAAACUCUAGCCGUUUUGCGAGACACGUUCACUCGAGAAUUCUGCAAAAGUUUCCCUUCCUCAUCGAAAUGUUCUACUGGGCCAUCUCCUUCUUCUUCUACCGCAUGACCGCAACUCUGGCUCAGAGCUACUACGGCAGCAGAAAGGCUGUCUGGGAUGUCGCCCAGGAGCACGGCCUGUUUCUUCUCGAGACCGAGGCCAAGUUCUUCGGCGAGGGUACCAGAACUGGUCCCGAGCGCUGGGUUGAAUGGCGCGUUUCCCAUUGGUUCCUCGAGGGUGCUCAAAUCGACGACUUCCGUGGCAUUUGGCUCACGAUCCUGAACCGCGGAUACUCUCUGAUUCAUAUCCCUGGUACCGUCGGCUUCAUUGCCUACUACUUCGCCAUGGCUCCCACCCACGCCCGCUUUUGCACUGUCCGCCGCACAAUGACCUUGUUGAACAUGUGUGCCUUCAUCAUCUUCAUCUUUUACCCGUGCGCGCCGCCCCGUCUGAUGCCCUCCGAGUACGGCUUCGUCGACACGGUCAACCUCGAGAACGCCGAGAGUGUCUGGAUGAGCGGCAAGUUCGUCAACAAGCUGGCUGCAAUGCCCUCUAUGCACUUCGGCUACGCCUUCGCCAUUGGCUGUGUUUUCAUCGCCGACUCGGCUAUCCUCAACCUCCUCUUCGGUCGCUUGAGGAACUACCUGCUUCGCAACGACUUGGACAAGUCGCUGGAUAUUGAUGACGUCGAGCUCAAGGAGAUCCAAGAGAACCGCGCACGCUGGAAGAGCUGGGCCAUGUUCUGCUUCGGUGUCUUCUACCCGAGUUGGAUUCUGUUGACAAUCGUGGGCACCGCCAAUCAUUACCUGAUGGACGCCUUCGUCGCAACCUUUUGCGCGUUGGUUGCGUACCUCUGCAAUCGUGCCUUGCUGGUUUUCCUCCCCGCUGAGGACAUGUUGCUUUGGGCCUUGAGACUGGAGAAGCCGGUACCGACAACGGGCCGCAUGAAGAACAUUGCUGUCCGGUAG